GUGCACGGUUUCACAUCCAAUUUCAUCGCAGCGCAUCGUCCUUCCCCAAAUAAACCCCGCAGUUUAAACCCUCUUUCUCUCUCUAGAAUAUCAGCAGUAAUGGUGGAUAUAUGGUGGUCGCUAUUAGGGGCAGCCAUACCGGCUGUAGUAGCUGGACAAGCCCUGAGGAUGAAGAGAAGGCGGGCAGAAGAGCAGAGCUUGACGAGCUCAGGAGGGCGUGAGAAGAGGUCGGAUGAUAAUUUUGUGUGCGAGAGAGUAUGCACAUCCAAGAGGAUGCUGAAGAAGGUUAGUGCACUUUCUAAAGACCCAACUCCUGAUACUUGUGUUACAGUAUGCGGGGUUUCUGAGAUUGAUGCCUGCACGGAUGCUUGUGCAAGAACUGUUUGUGUUAACCAACAUCAAGUGCCCAAUUGGAAUGAUAUUUGUCUUAGGAGGUGCCAAAGUGAGUGCCUUAAGCUCUCUAAUUCCAAUAUCGCUCCUUAAUGAAUUCCUUGAAUCUUUUCUAUUUUUCCCUUGGAUUUUGCUUAGGAAGAGUGAAUUGAUGAUACACCCAUAUUGAUUCGUCUCAAUUAUUCGUUGUUUUUGACAUGCUGUUCUUGUAGUUUCUUUUGGAAUAUGGGUUUUGUUCUACUGGUGUUGGAGCAUUUUUUUUUUUAUUCCUAGAGAGCCACGGUCGAAGAGGAGCAUGUGUUCUUGAAUAAAUUCAAUUGCAUC